AUGCUAAAUACCCCAGAUUUUAAUGAUGAGAAUCGAGAUCAUGAAGCUGAAAAAAUGUAAGUGAAUGAUAAUGGAUCAGCAUUUAACCAAAAGCCAAAUAAUCAAGCUAAAACUGGACAAGGGCAUAUCUAAAAUGACAAGUCUAAUAGAUCUCAAGGGGCUAACAGCGAAUUCUUAGAACUAAAAUAUUCUCAAAUUGACGAAGUCAAUUCUGAAUACGAAGUGACUUAGAUUGAUAGACCUGAUCACUAUCAUGCAAAUUUUUACUAAAUGUCUUCUGAGUUCUCAUUUGGACAGCCUAGGCAAGAAAUGAGUUAAGAUGAGAAAACAUAAAGCAGAUAAGCUGAUAGUCUAUAUAUGAAUGAGGAUGUAUCUUAGGUUUAUCAAUAUGGAAAUGAGGAUAUGACUUAGAUUGGAGGUGGUAGUCAAGAAGAAUAUGAGUAUAGCCAUAAUUAGCAGCAUUUCAAUGAGAAGGGCUAAAACUAAUUAGAAGACUUUACUUAAAGCUUAGACAUUAAUUUGAAUAAAUAAGAUGUAACUCAAUACAAAGGAUAUGAUUAGAAGGAACAAUAGUAUUAUUGCUAUAAUGAAUAAUAACAGCAAUAAUACUAAGAUAGCAAUUACUAGUCAGAGAAUUUUGAAUAAUAGGAUAAUUUGAAUCCAGAAAAUUUAUAGUACCAGUACAAGAAUUAUUAGGAUUAAGCUGAGCCCUCAGUAUAACAUUAAAUGCAACAAAAUUUAAAGAGAAGAAAAAUAUAAGAUGAGAAUAAAGAUAGUAAUAGAAAUGCUGAUGCCUAAGAGUUCAUAACAUUAAAGCCAUCUUUCCCAUUGUAUAAUUCUAGUAAUGAGAAAAGAACGAAUCUAGUUUAGAAUUAAUAGUGCAAUUAGAAAAAUAGUCAUUUUUAGCAGAAUCAGAGCAGUGAUUCCUAAUAGACUUUAUCUGAAAACAUGUUUUCCUAGCAACAAGAAUUUUCUAUUCGAGAUUUUUGUCAAAAGCUAAUCAAGAAAACUGGUGUCAAUGAAUAGAUUGAAUCAAACUAGUAAAGGUAUGAUUUGAAUUCAACAUUCAUCAAUGAGAAGAAGUAAUUGAUUAUUGGACACAAGAAGUGCAUUGGAGACUACAUUGAAUAACUAGAAUAGACCAAGGAAGAAGAUGAGUAAGUAUUCAUGGUUCUGGAGAGUUUGAUUAAUUAAUUUCAUGAGCUUUACUACUUGAGAGAUGAUGAUAAUCCUUUACUGAAAAAAUUAUUAGCAUCAAAUACUGCUGCUCUACCAUCUACCAAGGAUUUGAAUUAAAGCAUAUUUGAAAAAGUAGGGGCAAACUAGGGUACUAAGAGAACAUUGCAAUUUGCAAAUAAGCAAGCAUAUAGAGCAUAGUAGCAGUUUGAUGAAAUAUAGGAGCAAGAUGAAAGCCAAUAUGAUCAUUAAGAAUAUAGUAAUGGCUUAUUAGAUUGCUAGAAUAAGAUUAAUGAUUUAUCUAUUGAUUUUGAGGCUAAUAAGCAAAAGUAGCAUUUGUACAGUAAUGAGUAAGAUUAUUAUAUAGAGGAGUAUUGA